CAAAAACCAAGAACUGCAUUUACGAACUACCAAUUGGAAGAACUUGAAAAAAGAUUUUCGCUAAAAAAGUAUGUCAAUCAAAACGACAGAGACCACAUUGCAAUGCACCUCGGACUGACUAGCUCUCAAGUGAUCACGUGGUUUCAAAACCGGAGGGCCAAGAUGAAGAGGGACAUUGACGAAUGGAAAGCAGAC